GAGACCAAAGUUAUGGAUUGUGGUUCCUCAAAAAUUCAACCCUUCGCCGAAAGUUGUUCUAGGUCGGGGGAUCGAUAGUACCGCUGCAAGAAGUUGUGCGAUAUAUUAAAUUUAAGCGCUCCUCGAAAAGUUUUAAGUGCGUACGGGCCGCAGGCUUUAAAUCCCCCCGAAAUUGGGCAAAAACGCUUAGGUGUAAGGGAGAAAUAAAAACGAAGUGCUCGUUUACGGUUUAAUUAGAUUAAGCAUUAUGUAACUCCAAGUGUUAGGCGGGACUAGGGACAAGAUGAAUAGUGUAAUUGUCCUAGCUUUUGUCGCUAUUAUCGCUUUUUGUGGAGGCCUGACAGCGCCUGCCUGCGUAUGUGAUAGGAGGGAGUGCGAAAUUGUCAACGAAAUUGACUGUCCAGGCCUCGGGAUCGUGGUUUGGGAUCCCUGCAAAUGUUGCCAGGAGUGCGCGAAGACAGAGGGCGAGCCUUGCGGGGGCGAUCUAGGAUUUAGCGGAACUUGCGAGCCUGGAUUGUCCUGUCAGCAGCCAGGACCGUCGCCCAGCGAGGGAAUCUGUCGGCCUAUCAUAUUCGACCAUAAUGAGGACACGUGAAAAAUGCUUCAAUGGUUUUUAUAUUUUUGUUCGAGGCAUGCAAAGGCAUCGACGGCAGAGGACGGAGCAAACCUUGCGGAAAGUUAUACUAAUGUAUUCGCCCAAAAACUUUCAAAAGAACGAUAUGAAAACAAACUCAAAGUGCAGUGCUAAAGAGGACAUAUAAACUUUCCAAGUUUAACAUGGAUACCCAGGGAGGCCACCCUCCCUGCCACGCAGCGUGGCAUCAUCCUAGUUUAACGCUAUUUGUGACUGCUAUGAAACUAAAUUUAAUGUGUAAAUUUGUGACAAUACU